GAUACUGACCAAUCUCAUGGAUUCUAGUUCUCCAUGGCGACGGGAAACGCUAACAGAGCUGCUAGUGUAUCAAUUGUAGGAACAGUUGGAGAGUAGAGAUGGCGAGAAAGAAUUACCGAACCUGCGUGAGGAUGGGCAACUGGAACGAAGAUAUCUUCCUAGAGGAGGAAAUGAUGAAAGAUUUUUUGGAAAAAAGAGAUAAGGGGCAGCUUCUUAUACAAAGAAAUAGAAUACUUAUUGCAAAUCUCUUAAGAAAGACAACACUUUCUGUUAUUGAAGAUGGACUUAUUCAUUAUGGAGAUAAAGUAUUAAUUAUGAAUCCUGACUAUACAGAUCCUUCAGGUGGUCAAGUUGUAUUUGGCAGAUUAGCAUUGGCAGUGACUCCAGAAGAAAUGAAAGCACACAUGAGUAAUGAGAUAGAGGUGCCCUGUGAAGUGACUGCUAUGCCUGAUGUGAAGCCAAUUGGCAGAAACACAUUUAUCAUUUUAAGCUUAGAUGAAAAUGCACUGGGUAAAACUGUCAGAUAUGGGCAGAAUUUUGGUCUUGCAACAACAGCUGGCUUUGAUCAUAAGAUGUUUUAUUUAGGAAGUAGCCUUAAGACACCAGUAAACUCAACAAAGAAAUCUGCACUUCAGGAGGUCCAUCUAACAGACGAGUUCAGCUUUUUUACUUGCUGGCAAGCUGCUUAUUUUGAUCCUCGGCUGCGCAUUGAAUAUGACGACUUUCCAGUUCCUGCAAAUGCCAAAAUUGUUAUCAAGCACUGCCAUACAAAUCAAGCAUUAGCAGCUAACAGGAAAUAUUCUCUAAGAACAUAUUUUGGAAAAGAAUGUGAAGUUGCUUGUCACACACACAUUGAUUGUUACAAAACUGAAAAACCCUUAAACCACUGGGUCUUAUGUACUGGGGAUCCAAAUGACCAUUCAUCUAUUGUAUUGGAUAGAGGCAACCCUCUAGAAAAGAAGAUGGUUCCAGAACAGCCAGUGGUGAACACAGAUGCACCUAUUAUUAAUAUUACUGGACAAAAUCCCUUUCCUUUGCCCUAUGCUAGUAAAGAGGAAAAUUGUAAUUUUUAAUAAAAUUAAUCACUCUUCUUGCCUAAUAAACAUUUUUUUAAAAUGAACUAUAAAAACUCUCUGAAGGCUAUGUGGAAUGAUAUGUGUUUUACUCCCUUUAUAAAGUCAGAUUUGUUGGUAAGGAUUGGUGACAUUCUUUUUAGACUGUAAGCUCUUAGCUAAGAACCUUGACCUUUUAAGUUAACUGUGAAUUCUGCUCUAUAUAUCUGCAUAGUUAAUAAAUAUUAUUUGAAUAUGACUAAUUGA